AUGGAGGAAACUGAAGGAAUCAAGAGAAAAAAUAGAAUGGCAGUUUUUGAGCAUGUUGUUGAAGAAGACAAGAACCCAAAAAGAAAGAAGUUGGAUGAUUCUGAAUCUGAAUCAGAAUUAGUUAUUGAUGAAAGACAAAAAAAAAAGCGGAAUAAGAAGAAACCUAGGAAAAAACUGUCUGAAGAGCCUUUGAAAUUGCAGUGUAAUUGGAACUCCUGUGGCGAAUGUUUCAAAUCGUGGGAGAGUUUCAAUACUCAUUUGAUGGACCAUGCAACUGAAGAUCUAGUACAUUUCAAAUGCUUGUGGUUGAACUGCUCACAUAAAUCUUGCAUGAUCCCACUUCUCAUGCAACAUUUAUCUUACCAUGGAUAUAUUGCUAAAUUGCAAAAUAUCGGUAAGAACAUAGUGGAGAGAAAUAAGUUGCCUGAAUGUACCCAAAAGGAAGUGUGCAAAAUUCCAGUAUUUCCUAACGGCUACACCUGCGAGUGGAGUAAAUGUUCACACAAUUUUUGCACUGUUUAUGAGUUCUUCAAUCAUAUGGCGGCACAUGUCAAGAAUAAUCCAACAUUCACUGAGGAGAACAGUGGUCAAAUUAUGUAUUGUUAUUGGAAAGGUUGCAACAUAAAGUUAUCCAAACAAGUCAAACUAACUGAACAUUUACGAAGUCACACUAAAGAAAAAAUUAUUGGGUGUCCUACUUGUUCCACGGUUUUCUCAAGCAAAACGAAAUUCUGUGAUCACAGGAAGAGACAAAUAUCGAUGGAGCUGCAAACUUACCAAUGUUCACAAUGUUUGAAACUAUUUCCAACCGAAAGAUUACUGAGGGAUCAUAUGCGGUCCCACAUCAAUCAUUAUAAAUGUACAAUGUGUGACAUGACUUGUCCGAAACCGUCUGUUCUGGCCAAACACAUCAGAUUCAAACAUGUGAAGGACAAGCCAUACAAAUGCACUGAAUGUGAUAAAUCGUUUGUGGCCAAACAUAACCUGAAUACACACAUGGUAACUCAUUAUGAUGAAGAUCCUAUGAGCUGUGAUCACUGUGACUUUACUUGUCGAACAACAAAGGGCUUAGAGAACCAUUACAUCAAGAAACAUGAAAAUGUUGAUUUAAUAUUGAUUUAUGAGUGCCACUGUUGCAAGAAAAAAUUCAAGAGAGGAGAUUAUCUAACGAAACAUCUAACUAAACUCCAUAACUAUCACUGGCCUUCAGGACAUACCAGAUUUCGCUACCGCAAGGACGAGGACGGCAUCUACCGCCUCCAGACGGUACGUUACGAAAGCCUGGAGGUGACCCAAGAGAUGAUCCGCAGCGAAGCCAUGCCCGCCAACAACGUCAUGCCUGGAGUGUCCUACAACCUGAAAUACGACAACGAUGGCAAAUCCGGAUAUGUGUUGUCCAUUUCUGCUACCGGCGAACAGAGUGUCAACGUCCAAUCGGAGAAGGAGCAUCGCGACAACUUGCUCAUCACCAUCAAUGAUGUGGAUGAGGAGGGGAAUAUUUUGAAUUCUCGCGUGGUGGAGUCUAGUAUCGGAAAGGUGGUGACUAUAGCGGAAAGUGCCAACGAUGAAAAUGAUGUGAAGAUUAACGUUGAGGAUCAUAUGGAAAUCAUAGAUAACAAUGUUGAAAUUAAUUGUAAAACUGAGAAAAUAAAUAACUCUGAAACUGCGCAAAUAAAUAACUGUGAAACUGCGCAAAUAAAUAACUGUGAAACUGAGGACCAAAGUAACUGUGAAACCGAGGAAAUAAAUAACUUUGAAACUGCGCAGAUAAGUAACUGUGACAUCGAGAAACAGUGAAAUUAACAGUGAAACUGAGGAAAUAAUCAAUUGUAAAAGGAAACAUUUCGCACCGUUGAAUAU